GAUGGCUACUACACAGAAGAUGACCCAGUUUAUGGCAAUCUCAAUCAAGAUAUUUUAGAGGAAUGUUGUUACGAGCAGAUGAAGUCCCAGCCUCAAAGGCCAGUUAACCAGCUACAGGUGGAGUCUGCCCAUCAGAUGUGUUAUGCCUCACUUGAUCACAGUGUCAAGGGAAAACGCAGAAAACCGAGGAGAAAGAAAGGCCCUUCAUUAGAGGAGGAUGAAGAAGAAAGAUCAUCUAACCCCACCAUGAUGGCUUCCAAAGUUAGCAUUUAUCUCAACAGUGAGCAGCUGGCUGCUGAAAACACGACAAACGUAGAAGCCAUUCAUGAUGAUCCCAUGAGAUUAAUGGGCUUGAUUCAUACUACAAAGGAGAGAACAUUUGAAGUGGCUUCAUAAACCAAAUAUGUAAUCAUAAAGUGAU